CCUUCCUCUCAAUUUCUCAUGCCCGUCACAUUUUACAACCGCUUACUAUAAUCCACCCUUGCUCAUCACAGCCCGUUACACACAUACGGCCUUGCAUCGCAUCGAAUCAUCCUUAAAGUCCCCUUCUUCUAUGUCUUCCCUAAAGAAGAUCCGUGCCUACCGGCACCUCUACCGCGAGCUCCUCCGGGCGGUCCAGUUCGCGGCGCCGUACAAGUAUGUCGUGCGGGACCAGCUACGAGCGGCAUUUCGGGAGAAGGGCGCCUACUGGGACCAAGAGGAGUACAAACGGACCUUGUGGUUUCUGCAGGCGGCGGCGCGCGAGGCCGGGCUCGAGCACAAGAUCCUCAAGAACCUCGUCCACGUGGCGCAUCAGCGCCAGAAGACUGAGCCGUGGAAAAUUAGAUCCCGCAAGGUCGAGGAGACGAAAGAACCUGAUCUGCACAAGGCGGGCCAAGAGAUAACCUCUGUGGCCUUUGAUCACUAUGACAUGACGAUAGCCAUGUUGAACAAGACGAUGGGCAUCCGAUUGAGGUGAGGUUCUGGGAGACCCUCUCCUCUUUAACGCGGUAACGUCAGUCACCGCCUACAGCCGGGAUUUCGUCAACAUCGAGACCCCCUCUAUGCCCAAACGCUACUGCUGCGGCGUGCACGUUUGCUGUUGUUGUUUUUUCUUUCUUUCUGGAAGGCCCCAUCCCGCAAGGCUGUGACAUAAACAUUCAAGUCACAUCUGCAUUGAAACCGGGCAAUGAGAUACGUAUUUCGACUCCGGCUACGAAGAGGUCCACGUCCGCUCCUUCAUGCUGGGACAAGAUCUUCGACCCAUACAUGACGCAUCGAGGUUUCUCAUGGUGCCGGGAAACCAGACUGGGAAAAUGGCGAGACGAAGCCGGCUGCGAUAAUCCCGGCCGCGGCGGGCUACACAGUGCUACGAGGCUUCCUUACCCUUCCCACAAGUAUCCGAGCGGAACCUAUUGGAGGAAUUUGGCUUUCCCUUGGGAAAGAUCGCUCGGCGACGUUUGCCAGCCGGGCGAUCUGCGGAUGCGUGGGGGCUAGUGAGUGUGCCAACGAUUAACCUCUGGUUGGCUAUCUGCGUCUGCGAACUGGCAGCAGCAGUCCAUUUACAGUUGAGGGGUUUCAAGGGGGGGAUGCGCGGGAGCACAUCUGUCAGACCACGUUCUGUCGCCACUUUAAGGCUGGAUGGAGCCGAAGUUGAGCUCAAGUAAGUACUUCGCCUGCAGGAGCCAGGUAGCCAGCCCUGACUGCGCGCAGCUUGUAUCAUCAGUACACGCUGGUUGCACGUGUUGUUAUAUCAAUGUUCAAUUCUCCUUACGAGCCGAAUUGGUGGUUUUAAAGACAUGCCAAUUUUUAAUCUUAUGAUUCCAUGGAAAUGGCCUUGGCUGGAGACUAUAUCUACACUGCACACGAUUUACAUUAUUUACGACGCGGACUGCUCACUCCAUAUGUUGUGUGCUAAGUUAGACGCACUCAUCGAAUUCAAAACAGUCAUUACGCAACACUUCAGUGUACGUAUCAUUAAUGAUCACUUGCCGCUUUGUUGGCUCAUCUAGGUAUGGGACCUUUUAUUUGGGGACACAGACGACCGUUCUGCGUCACGUAGGAAUCGAUCUGGCCUGUGAUGUGCCAGUCCUCGCUGCCCCCAGCGGUGGCGGCGCAGAGGACCCCCCAACGAUCGUACUUCUGCUUGAGCUGCUACAGGUAGUCGUAGUUGCUGCCGUAGUAGGCCUGCUGCAAGUCCGGCUCGUUGAUGUCCGGCUCGUCCAAGUACCCCCCCGCGCUGGGGCUGGCCUCGCGCCACGGCUGCAGCUGCUUGACCAACUUCUCUCUCUCGUCAGCAGAGUCUCUGUGAUGGCUUCACUCACUGUACCACUCACUGGUAAGAAGGACUCAGCCACUUGGUGGUGACCUCGUCACACUAAGCCUCGUCGUGCUAAGGCCAGUCCUGGUAACACACGGCCACCGAAGGGACACCAUCAACC